UAAUUCUUCUCUGAACCUGAAUAAGAAUUACAAAUUGUUUUCGACUCCCCCAGCAAAAGGCUCUGCGGCAAUGCUCGAAUUUUGUGAGUUCGCUUUGCUCAGCAAUUGUUACUUAAACGAGCUUUAAUUAAAAACUACUUAACUUUUUAGUUGCCUUUUAAAAAGGAUGUUUUUGUCUCUUCUUAGGGCUCAUGAAGAUUCAAAAUAUUCCUUUUGCCAAGAACUCAAAACUUAUCAUUUCCAAAACUUUUGUUUAGCCGUAGAAAAAAACCAAUUAGAUUUAGAGAGUCAAUGGACAAGCAAAGACAGUAGCAUUGUUUGGGGCUCUUUUGCAACUAAAUAAUUCUAGAAUGCGAGGCAAUUUGUAAUUUUGAAUAAAAUGCUAAACACUUUGGGCGGUUUAUAAAAUUACCCUAAGAAAAAGCAUUUGAGCAAAGGGGUAAAAAAAAAAAAAACAAUUUAAGUGUUUUCAAAAAAUCAACAAACUCAUAUAUGCAGCUAUAUAUAUAUAAAAAUAAAAAAAAAAACAUUAAUUUAUUUCUUACUAUAUAAUUAUUGUUGUACUAAGUCAGUGAGAAAAACCAUGAAAGAAAACUUCACACGAAAACUAAAACAAAAUGCAUAUUUAUUAAAAAUAAGCAAAGGUUGUGCAAAAAAACACAUUAAAAAGCAACAUUAUUAUUGUAAAAAUUAACUAAAUACGGCAAUUGUUAUUAAAUGUGCAAAAUUCAGUAAAACAUUGAUACAAACCUCAAAAAAUACAAGCCAAGUUAUGAAAACGGACAUCAAUGGAUUGAAAAAUUUUGAAAAAAUAAGGAAAGAUGAACCGAGAACCGAUCAAACGGAAACAAAACACUCAACAACAAGAAGUACAAAAUGUUAAAUAUGUAUCUAUAAUUUACAAUUACGUUUUAUAUUAUUUAAUUUAAACGCUUACUCAAAAGAAAAUAGCUAACUAUUAUUACAAUCGUCCUUACACACAGAAAAACAAUAAAACUAGCUCAAAAGCAGAAUUAUUACUUUAGCUAAAAUACAAUUUACCUUUUGCAAUUUUCCUUUCCUUUAUUAUUUCACAUCGAAAUAAACAAAAAUGGUUAAAAUAGCCGCAUAUACUCAUAUUAAAUUGAAAAGAAAUGUGUCAUUACAGAAAUGGAUAAUGCAAAUAGUAAUAUAAAUGAUAUAUUUAUUCAUAUAAAUGUAUUUGAAAAUGUGAACAAAAAACAAAAAGAAUACCAACAAUAAAACACAAUUUAAUAAACAAUGUGAAUGGCUUGAGUGUGUAUUGAUUGAAUGUCAUAUAUUAUUCUAUACAUGCAGCAGGCUUGUAAUAUAUAAUACAAAACAAGGAAACACUAUCGAAAUGGACGAGCUGAUGAGACAAAAGUCCGGAGAAGACCAGAAAUCCGAGAGGCAGGAACUCACCUGCAGUGUAUUAUUUACCAAUCCAAACUUUAAUCCAAAAGAACCAGCCUCUUAUGAUGAAUUGAACUCCGUAACGCGCUUGGUUUCGAAGACCGAGGAUCUGGAACUAGGAGGAGUCUUCAAAAGAUUUUCAAAGGAUGGUUUUGAAGUGACGGAAUCUUUGAAUAGAUCUCUCUUCGAGUUUGGUCAUAAUUUCGAGGAUGUGGAGGGCUGGCUAAAAAUGGUGCAGCCGCCCAAAGAUCAACUGGCCUCGGUGCUUCGCUAUAUGAUAGAGGCUCAUCACAAGACCACCGUGCAAAUAGAUAUUAACAAGAUGUACUUCAACUGCCACUUUAUCGUGCUCCAAGUUUAUUCUCGCUUCUUCAGCGAACUAAAGACAAUUCCCCUUUUGGUAACUCUACCCGAGGAUCGCGUCUCCCAGAAGGCCUUUAUGCUCAUCUACAAAUGGAUGUUGAGCGAUGAACCCAUCUUGGAGUGCCGCUAUAUAGUUGAGAUUUUUGUGGCCGCCACUUAUUUGAGAAUCGAUGAUUUGCUGGCGCAUUGCUGGAAAUAUUUCGAUGACAACCGCUGCUACAACGAGGAUUCGGCUUGUAUCCUGUAUGUGGAGACCAGAUACAAUCCUGCCUUGGAUGUGGUGCGCAAUCUAAUGCUAACCAGAAUCCAGAAGUUCCUGCUCACCUUUGUGGCCACCAAGGAUUUUCUGGACCUGCCGCUCACUCACUUGGCUUACCUGCUCAGUUCCAGUGGGAUCUGUGUAAAUACGGAGAUUGAGAUAUUAUUUAUAGCAGUGCGAUGGUUGGGUCACAAUUGGAGCCAAAGAAGUGCGCAUGCGCCGCGUUUAGUCUCCUGUAUUCGCUUUCAUUUGAUGCCCCUGUGGUAUUUGCUUUACGUGCGUCGCGAGGAGAGUCACCAGUUGGUGAAGGAACUGCUGUCCCUUGAGGAAGUGGAUCGGAAGAUCAACGAGGCCAUUUCGAACAUCACUUCGCGAAUGUACGAAGAAAAUCUAGCGGGUUUGAAUGGUGAUGGAUCACUGCUUGAGGAUUACCUUAAAGAGGGAACACCUCAGCGCAAGUGGAUUUGUGAUAAGUUAUGCAACUAUUAUCACUGGGUGGGGUGCCCUAACACUCGGGAGAUUCGUUACAAUAACUUUGAAGUUUACCUUACCGAAUUGCAACAGAGCUCCUUAGAUCAUUGGUCCAGAGUGGAGGUGCUGGACUUAAGUAAAAAGACUGAUUGCUGCAGCUUGAGGAAAACACAAUCGGACGAUGCAUUCCCUAUUCUGAAUAACAACACAUGUUAAAUGCA